AACCCGUCGUUUCCUAACUGGGAGAAUAAAGGAUAGGUUAUCCAAAACAAAACAGAAAUGAGAGGCCAAAUCUAAAGAUAGCAGAAAGAAGAAGCAACUGGUAAAGAAAACACAAAAAAUGUCUCUCCUUCUCUUCUCUAUUCCUCAAACCUCUCUCUCCCAGGUUUCAUUAACGUCAUGUUCAUCUUCGACGAUGGCCGUCACUGCUACUCCUGUGUACAGGUUGCACUUCAAAACCAUCAAUUUGUACCCCAAAUCUUCUACUGGAGUUUGCAUUCAUAAUCAUAAUCUCCGCAGUGAAAGGAGUGCUAUUAUAGUGAAUGCCUCUUCAGACAUUGAUGGAACAGCUCCAGCAGAGGUCCCCACAGAAAGCAAAGAGGAGGUUGUAGCAGUAGACAAACUACCAUUAGAGUCAAAGCUUCAGGAGAGAGCGGAACAGAAGAUGAAGAUGAAACUGGCGAAGAAGAUUAGGCUUCGUAGAAAGAGGCUUGUUCGCAAAAGGAGAUUAAGAAAGAAGGGUAGAUGGCCCCCAUCCAAGAUGAAGAAGUUAAAGAAUGUCUGACGUGUUGCCUCAUGUUUGCUUCGCUGGUUUAUUGCUGACCCUCAUCCUUCUGUUUUCUUGCCAAUGUCUUUUACUGCGUUUCUCCCUUUUUCCUUUUAGAUUUUUCCUAUUGGGUUUUGUUCCCUUUGUUACAAGUAGUAUUCUUUGAGUUGCUGUCUAAGAGUUCUACUCUAGAAAUUGGACUGUUACUUGACAGUUGUGUCUAAUAUUUUAUUAAUCGAACUCCUUAUCACGCAUUAAGCCAGAAAAAAGAGAAGAGAGGAGAGGAAGGGUGGUGGUGUGGCGGUGUGGCUUAAGAAGUAUGUUCUUUUUUCUUUUCUUUUUUUUCCUUUCCUUUUCCUAAGGAUUUGAUCCUCAAUAAAAUAUCUUUCAAGUUUGAGAAUAA